UGUUUGAGGGUGGCGAUUUUGUAUAAGAGGUUGGACAGGUAGGCUGAAAAAUAAAUAAUACAUUGUGCCACACCGUCGAUCACGUGUGGUAUCUGCGCGUCGCCGACAUCAAGAUUUUUCAAAACUCGCGUUUCACAGUCUCGUGCGCGUCUAAAAAUAAACUAGGUACACGACGGGCGAGUUCACGAGACGAUAAGAGACAUAUUAUAAGUCUCCCUCGCAAUAGUCGCAAUACGACCGCGCGUGUACACCCGCGAUUGUGGAAUAUUAUUAUUUAUUGACGAUAUCGUCAAUACCGCUACGGUCGUAUACGUUUGUUUGCACACGCGGGUCCUCCGAAGCGGAUCGGUAAAAAUACACCUGGAAAUAAUCGCCGCAGACGUCUAAACUCGGAUGCGAAACCGAUUUGUUUCGCGUUUAAACGUUAUCUCCGGCGCGUGUACGAGUACCUGCCACGGCCGUGUAAACGCGUCGUACAUCGGAUCUGUUUUGUCGCGGUUAUGUGCCGAUGUCAAAUCGUUACGACGUGAUAAAAUCGUAAUAAAAUAAUUUAUCGUGUCGGCCGUCGCAGAUCGCCAUCGUUGUCGCCGUCACCAUCACCACCACCACCACCACCACCAUCAACCGAAACGUGUGCGUUUACCUGAAACACGAUAGACCAUAUCGAAUUAUCAAUAAAAUAUAUUAUUAUUAUAUACUUUUAUGCGUCGGAAGCCCCAGCCAAACGGGCUGACGGUCCGGCGGGGGUACGGUAUCCAACGUCGACGACGGGGUACGACGACCUACGGACCCGCGGUGUGUCUGGUGGCCUGUCAUCGUUGCAGCAGACGGCAGUACAUCAUCGCAUUAGUCGUCAGUACUCACUACUCAGUAGUCGGUCAUUCACCACUCGUCACUCGCCCGUCGCGUAGUCGCCUUCACUGUCAGCCGGCCAGGGAUUCGUGCAUCCCCGCGAAAUACAUCAUCCGUGUCCGCGUUCCCGAGUGACGAGUGUGUUGUUUAUUUGAAUUCGUGUUCAUCGGACCGGCAGACGGACGACGACGACACGAUUCACAAAUUAAAUAAUAUUCUACGAGUAUACAUCAAAGCGUCGUUAGGUAGGUAUUUAUUGUAAACCGCAAUAAAUUGUCAACAUUCUACACCACUGGUCCCGACGGUAGCUAUUCGACAUUAAAAUCGAAAACUUUUUUACCGUUCCUGAGAAGUCCGCAGCAGCCAAUAGCAACAGCAGCAGCAGAACUAACGUGACACGGUCUUCACCUGCAUUGCUAAACUUGGUGCAUACACGGUAGUAAUAAUAUGGCAUUGAAUCAUCAAAGACACACUGAUAAAUGGUGGGAAACAGAGUAUAGUGACAACAUACAUUCAUAUUUACAGUACCAUGAAGUCAAGUGGAGGAUGGUCUAUGGAGCCAGAUCACCACAAAUUCAUUUGCGACCAGUGUUGUUAAAAACUAUUAGAAAUAUAGCCAAGACAUGUGAAAUGUCAAAUGUAUGUGUUCAUUUGGCUGUCACCCUAAUGGAUUUAUUUAUGGAUAACCAUGAUCUAAAAUUUGAUACUAUUAUGCUAGUCUCGUUUGCGUGUUUAACAUUAGCUGCAAAAAUUGAAGAACAUUGCUUAAAAAUACCAAAAUUAAACACCAUGCAGAAUGUUAUAAGCAAAGAUGUAACAAAUUCACAUUUUCGUAAAGUAGAGAUGAAAAUUUUAAUGUUUUUUGAGUUCAAUGUUGCAGUACCUACAGUUGCACAUUUCAUCGAAUUUUAUAAAGACCAUUUUUACUGUGAUAGUGAUUUUUAUCAUAAUGAAUUUGCAAGUAUUUUAAAAGAUAAAUUCAAUAGAAUGAUUCUAUCAUAUCAGGAUGCAUCAUUAGAAAGCAUAAAACUUAUAUCUUAUAAUCCAUCAAUGGUUGCCGCGAGUAUUAUUUUAACUACUAGGCAUUCAUUAGGAUUGGUACCAUGUUGGACUGCACAAUUACGAAAAGUGACAGGAUACUUAAAAAAAGAUCUUGUGCAGUGUUGUUCUCUAUUAGGAAGAAAUGUAAUGCAGCACAGAAAGUUUUUGCCAAUAGAUGAAGGAUAUCUUAGUUCUUCUCCACGUUUUCAAUCUCCAAUUAUCAUGGCAAGUAAAAAAAAAAGAAGUCACAUUGAUGUACCAAAUGUAAUUUUAUCAAAACGAACAGCAUUCUAAAACUUUUACAACUGUGAUAAGUUAUCCUAUAUUUAUUCCUAUCUUCCUACUUGUGUCGUUUCACAAUGCCUAUCCUAAGCUAUUUAUUUGUUUCUACUGUUAAAAAAAUAUAUUGUGAUAUUUAUUCAUAAAGCUCAAUUAAUUUUAUGAGACUGAA